GAGGCUCGCAUUUGAACUUGCAGGCGAGCUCCCUUUGCCCACAGCUCGGUCCCGGCUCCGAAGCCCGGAGUCAGGUGCUUGCCGGCGGGAGGGGAGGGAAGGAGGGGAGACCGAGCUCUGGGAGAAGGGGAGACCCCGGAUCCACCGGUUCCUUCCAGCACUAACGAGGGGAUUUACUCUUUCAUGCGGCCACUGGGAUCUCUGGACUAGCCCAGCCACCACGCUGUGAUUUUUUGCGAUCUCUGCAAUACGCUACCUUUUAAGGUCAAGAUGUUGUUAAGUAUAAAAAGUAUCUUAUGGAUAUGCUCUACCUUAGUUAUAACAUAUAUGCUACCUAAAGUUAAAGCAGAAAAAAAAACCAUGGUAAAGGGUUCUCUCGCUGGGACUUCAGUGCUACCAUGCUUCUUCUCAACCACCCCCACCAUAGCCUCCAGCUACGCAGCCGAGUACCUCCGGAUCAAGUGGUCAAAGGUGGAAUUGGAUAAAAGCGGGAAAGAUGCAAAAGAAACCACUGUCCUGGUGGCCCAGAAUGGCAACAUCAAGAUAGGUCAGAGCUACAAGGACAGAGUGUCUGUACCAACCAACUCAGAAGAGACUGGUGAUGCCUCGCUGACCUUCUCGAAGUUGCGUGCGAGCGAUGCUGGAGUCUAUCGCUGCGACGUCAUGUAUGGGGUGGAGGACACACAAGGCAUUGUCUCACUGGCUGUUGAGGGUGUUGUAUUUCACUACCGUGCAGCGACUAGCAGGUACACCUUGAAUUUCACACAGGCUCACCAGACCUGUCAGGACAAUGGUGCUGUGAUGGCAAGCCCAGAGCAACUGAAAGCUGCUUAUGAGGAUGGGUUUGAGCAGUGUGAUGCUGGCUGGGUGUCUGACCAGACUGUGAGGUAUCCAAUUAGACAUCCAAGAGUUGGCUGCUUUGGAGAUAAGAUGGGAAAGAAAGGAGUCAGAACAUAUGGGCGCCGCUUCCCUAACGAGACUUACGACGUGUAUUGCUAUGUGGAGCGCAUGGAAGAUGAAGUGGUUCAUGUCUCAGCCCCCGAGAAGUUCACCUUCGAGGAAGCCAAGGAGCUUUGCAAGGAGAGAGGGGGUGUCCUGGCCUCUGUGGGGAACCUGUACGUGGCCUGGAGGAACGGCUUUGACCAGUGUGACUACGGGUGGCUGGCGGAUGGCAGUGUGCGCUACCCAGCCUCCGUGGCUCGGCCCCAGUGCGGAGGAGGGUUGCUUGGGGUGAGAACCCUGUAUCGCUAUGAGAACCAGACAGGCUUCCCUUACCCACAUAGCAAGUUUGAUGCCUACUGCUAUGAACGUAAAAAAGUCACAACACAGCCUACAACUUUUGAGCCUGUGACAUCUCUGAAAACUGACAGUGUGAAAUCGCCACCUGCUGAAAUUACCCUUAAACCUCCUGUCUUUGAGACUCUGAUUACUGAAGUGCCUGACACCCAAACAGAGGCCCCUGAUUGGAAGGAAACAACCCAAGAGAGUGAGGAAGAUAUAGAAAUGACUACUGAACUGGUUGAAGAAAAAAGGGAGAGGGAGGUGCUUAUGGAGAACAUUCAGUUAACCACCCUUCUACCUCAGACUGUCACAGAUGGCGAAAUAAGCACUUACUAUACACUGGGAAGGACUGAAUACGAUGUUUCACCCAAGUUAACAGAGAGCACAUCUGCAGCUUUGGAGCUGGACCACACUUACUCUGAAGCAGAACUGCCCAAGGAACAAGGUAGGUCUGAAAGCAUUGAGGACGCUUUCUUGACCGCUAUAAUUUUUCAGGAUAGCACAGCUGUAGAUAAGAGUUCUACUGGUUUUUGGGAAGACACUGACACAGGAGAUGCACAAAAACAUGAUGUUGAUAAUCAGACUGAGCAAAUAGAAGUGGGCCCUGUGAUGACAGCUACAGAUAGCAUGUUACUGACUUCCCGGAGAGAGUCUCCCAGGACAGGGGCUUCACUUUCACUAACAAAAGAGAAUGUUUAUCGUGGUGCCCACUCAAGCCAAGAACCCACCAAAAAAUCAAUGGAGGCAAAAUCUGACAAGAAAUUUACAACUGUUGUAAUCCCUAAAGCUUUGCUCACUGAUCAGUAUGAUCUUACUGCAGAGGGGGAGGGCAGUGAGAGCACGUACACCAUUGUGCCUGACAGAGUUUCUGGCAUAGCUACGGGUAGUGUACCAAAAUCAGACAAGCCUGCUGCAUCAGAGACACUCUUAGAUGAGCAUGCAGUAACCACUGGACAAUUUUCUUCAGCAAGUGGGUCAACAUCAUUUGUUAAGUUUAGUUCUGCAAUGGCAUUUGAUAGUGAGGCAUCAGCCCAAGGAAGCAGAGAGGACCUGAGAGAUGUGCAGCCUACCCUGUCACCUGGGACACCUGUAUCCUUUUCUGUAUCAACUGUUGGUCAAACAGAAUCUGAGGCUGCCUCAGGAAGCACUCGUUCCCCACUAAGCUUUGGAAAAAGCACAUUUGUUAUCCCUUCAUCUCAGCAGAUGGAAACAUCAGCUUUUUCAGAGGAGCAGGAAAAAACAAAGGAGCCAGAAAUGAGAAUAAUGGACGUUAAGACCCCUCUUGCCACAACUGUCAUCUCUCCCUGUGCUGCAGCAGAGUCUGAGGGAUGUUCUGCAAUGGAGAAGUUCACGCAGGCUCCUCCAGCUCCUGAAAUGUGGCUGCCAACAGAUGAAUAUCAGGGGUACAUAACAGAGGAGUCGUCUCACACUGAGGGAAUCCUUGAGUUAGGUACAGAGGAGGGUGUCUCUGGAAUGGAGCCUACAGCAUUUUCAGGGCAAACUGCAGAAUAUACAAUGCACCCAGGAGCUCCAGUUUCAGCAGUUACAGAUGAAACUGAGACAAGCAUGAAGCCAGGGGAGACUACAAGUGAUGAAGAAGUGAUAUCAACUGAUUUUGGUCAGAGUAGACAUACUACAGGUGUCUCCCACACAAGCAGCUCUUUGGAUAUGGAAAUGACCACAGUAUCCAAAAUACCAGUGGAAGAAACUAGUGCAACAAUAGGGUCCUUUAGCUCCUCAAGUGUUACUGUAUGGCCAAGUGCUAUGCCCACAGCUGUGGGGGUAACUGAGCAUGAAGGAGAUGAAACAUCAGGGACAAAGGGAACUAUUGUAUUUACAGAUGUAACAGAGGUAGAUACUGCAAUCCCACAGAAAGAACAUGAUGCUUUCCUAGUUCCAGUUACUGUAGAGAGUGAGGUCACUACAGAUAUGCCAGUUACUGAUCAGACUCCUUUUGAUGGUAUCUUUCAUACAGAAGCAACAGAAACAACUGCAGAGCACAAGGAGGUGUUCCCAGAGGAACUCUCCACGAAAGAUCAAGAUGAGCCAGGAACUGCCACAGAGUCAAUCUUAUCUGUGACACCUGUCCAACCACAUGAACAAAGGACAACACUAGGAUCUGAAUCAUCUCCAACACCUGUUCAGGAGAAGCAGGAAGAAACAGGUUCAGCCUAUCAUGAGACAUACCCAGCAAGAGAAGUACCAGUACCUGCAGUGGAGUUCACAGACCAUGGAGGAGUUCUGAGACCUGAGGAAACCAGCACCAGGACCUUGCAGCUCACAGUGACUCCGAAAGCUGAAACUACUACUGAUGAAGAGCAGAAGGUCACUGAGGUAAUGACAGUGACAGCUGAUACCCAGGAAAGCCAAGGAAUCCCCAGCAGAGAAGAACACAGGGAUGCAGUGAGCUGGGAACCCACGUUGCCCCCCCAUACAGUGCUGACAGGCCGUUCCACUGUGGAAAGCAUCACUCAUCUGACCUUGGGAGCUUCUCCAAGCCAAACCACAGAAGGUUCAGGAAUGACUGAGGAACCUGAAGAAAUCAAGCCAAUAUUUGCAGCUACUGCACCAGAUAAGGCUACAAUCCUCACUGGUGUAACACAUUCCAUUAGCGAUGUAGACAAAACUCAGCCCACAUCAGCAUUCAAACAUUCAGUCACUCAAAAGUCCCCCCGUAUCAUCCCUGAGGAAGAAGAGGAGGUAACGAGCCAUGACAUCAUCAUCAUUGAUGAAUCUGUUUCUCCCAGUAAAACCACUGCUGAUGAGGAUCUGACAGGAAAGAUGUCAGAGCCCGAGAUCGACAAGGAGUAUUUCACAGCAUCCACGGCCACGGCAGUGGCACGGCCAACAGCACCACCCAGAGUGGAGGAGGCCACAGAGGCUUUGCAACAUCAGGAGGUGUCUCCUUCUACUUCACACCCUGACAAUGACAUAAGAAUGUAUGUUAUUCAAAUCACAGGCAAUGACACAGAUCAUCCGGUGAAUGAAUUUUUGGAUCUGUUCAAUCGUCACGUGCUCCCCCAUGCAAUAGAUGAGACCCACACUGAUGCAGAGUCAGCUCAGACCGAACCCUGUACCUCAGACUCUGUGCAGGAUUCGUCUGAAUUUAUAAUAUUGGAUCCUUUCUUUACAAACUAUAUAGAGUUUGAGGAAGAGGAAGACUGUGAAAAUACUACUGAUGUUACAACUCCUCCAGCUUUGCAGUUCAUCAAUGGGAAGCACCAGGUUACCAAUGCCCCUAAGAGCACAAAGGCUGAGGAAGCGAGAAGUGACCAAAUUGAAAGCGUUGCACAUUCCAAAAACGUAACCUUUGCUCAAAUCAAUGAAACAAACACAUUUAUAAUAUCUGAAUCUGAAGCUUCUGGAACUAUGCAACCAAGCAAAGCUGGAGAAGUGAUGGGGGUGUUUGGAGUUACUCAGCCAACAGCAGAUGUUGCAAUGUUAGAGCCUGUCUAUAGUGGCGAGUCAGAAGUUGUCACAACAGAUAAAUCAAUAGCCAUUACUUCUUCCCAUAGGCAGUCUCUGCAAAACAAUAAAGAGACCAAAACACGGCAUGGAAAUGAGGAGAACUCUACUAAGGGGACCAAAAACUUGCUUUUGGUUACUAGUGAAUCUUCUGGAGAUGACUCCACAGAGUCUGAUCUAUCCACUUCUGCCUUAGAAGUUGUGACAAUGUCAAGAAAGGAAGAUGAUGAAAACAAUUCCGGUGUAACUUCUGCUCCUGAUGCAUUUACUGUGGAAAGUUCCACUGUAACUGCUUCUCUGGAUGCACUUUUUAUUCCUGCAACUGCAGAUGAAAGUGUGACUGACCCUAUUCCAGAAGAGACACCCUCUGCUCUAGGAGAUCAUUAUAAAUCAACUGCUAAACUUAAUGCAAAUGCCCCCAUCGAAAAUAUUCUGCAAACAAGUUCUACAGCAAAGCCUGAGACAAAUGCUGCUUCUUUUAUGGUUCUGGAAGGCUCUGGGGAUGAAAAAGAGGGCAUCACUGUAACAACAGGGGAAAUAGCAGUAACAGAAACACUUUCAAUGCAAGAUAUUUCUUUGGGCUCUGGCACGGUAAUGCCAACAGAAAUUUCUGUAACUGCCUCAGGAAUCACCUCUGCUUUGAGUAGGACUUUUGAUCAAAGUCCUGAAACACCUGUUGCCACCAACUCUGAGUUUAUUACGGAAAACAUAAUUGCCAGCUCUCUUGUAACUGAAAAGAGUACUGAUGAUGAAAACGACAUACAGACCACUGAUUACUUAGGUCACCAAAAUUCAGCUACUGCUACAGAGGGAAAUUUGGAGCUGAACGAAUCUGAGAGCACUACAAGUGAAGUCAGAACUGUAAGUCAGGAGCCCACCUUACCCAGUAAAACAGUACCAGGUACCAUAAGUUCUGAAACCAAAAAGGUCACCUCUAUUCCUUUCUUGAGAGAGAAGAAGCUUUUUAUAAGUGAAGGAUCAGCAGAAGAACCAGCAGACUUAUUUUCAGGGGGUCCCACAAGAAAAGUGGUAAGUACCGACUCCCCAUUUUUUGGUCCAGGUUCUGGAGACAUAAACCUUAUCAUUCAGUCUACUUCGACUUCAGUUCCAUUAAGGCCUGUCACUGAAACACACACUGAAAAACAUGAAGGAAAAGUUUACAGCACAGAUGAUGCUUCCCUGAAGGAUGCAAAAACAGAGUAUGGGAAACAUGCAAGAACAGGUGAAUUUCCAGUAACAGUUUCAAGUACUGGGUCAGAUGGCUUGACAGAGGGAUCUGGAGCAGCAAAUGAGGUGUCCCUGGAUGUGUUUAGUACAAGAAACCCAGGGGAACAAAACAUGAGAACAGAACCAACCUACACAGCUCCUUCUGACAUAAGAUCUAGUUCUGUAAAGGAGGUAAUACCUCAUACUGCACCAGGAAUCAAAACUGAAGGUUCAGAAUCAGGUGAAGUCACAUCAUCUCCAGAAUCCGUGGUUCGUAACAGCCCUCAUGACAGUAUGAUGACACAUGGUAUUGGCAAUGUAAAAGCAGUAGCUGAAUCUACAGAAAGCAAAAAUGCAAGACUUGGUUCUUCCACUGUCUCACUGGGCAAGAUUCUCCUAAUUGAGCAUGGCUCUGGAGAAGAAUUCAAAAAUGACAGCAGCACCACAAAACUGAUGUUUAAUGGACCUACUGAAGAAAUACUUGGAGGUCAUUUCUCACUCACUGAUCAGGGGUCUGGAGAACCAGACACGUCUUUUAGAUCAUUUGCAAAAACAGAAUUUUCACCUGCUGAGAACCCAGAAACAUGGGAGAAGCAUGACAGUCACAAUGUUGUCAGCACAUUAUCUGUGAAUCUUGCCUUCACCACCAACCCUGAUGUGCCAGUCACAAGUCCUGAACAUGAGGAAACCACCAUGGAAACUGUGACUGACCUGAGAAUGGAAGAGAAAACCAGUGGUGAAUUGACUGUGAGAGCUUUUUCAACAAAGAUUCCUUUGGUGGAAGAUUCGUAUUCUGGAGAAGACAGGCCAAGGGAAAUUUCACCAAAAACUACGGAAUCUUCUGAAGAAAAAGCAGCAACAGACACAUUCUUUAAAAGUACACAGGCUACCCGUGAACAUCUGGAAUCUUCAAAUACUCUGACUUUCAGUCCUUAUUCAGAAGAAAAGGAGUUAGAAACCAAACCUGUUCAGAAAGUACUUUUGCCAUUUAAUGAUGACAGAGUAACUGAGCCUGUAAGGAUUGAAAGGAAAUACAUAAGCUCUCCAGUUACAGAUAUAGAACAAGAGAAGAAGUUGGUACUAAACAUUUUCCCUACAAAAGAUAUUCCCAGAACAUUGCUGACAUCUCAGGAAGAAAAACGAUCAAAUAAUGAGUAUAUUAGUAAUCCAUUAUUUUCAGGACAGGGAUCAGGAGACGACCUUGAUGUAAUUCCCUCUUUAGUUUCAUUGGUUGUCAAAGGAAUCAAGAGUACCUCAAGUCCUCCCACUUCUCAUCCUGCAAACAUGGGACUUGAACUUUCAACUGUCAAGACACAAGACUUUGAAAGAGGAAGUACCCAAGCAAAUGCUGAAGUUAAUGAAGAAGUUCCAAGUGCUGUGACUGAGCUGCUCUCAGAAACUGAAGACCAGUUCCCCACCUCUGUGUUCCUGAGUUCCCCGGCUUUAGCAGAAGCCAGCUCCAAGAGUUUCAUCUCCAAACAGAUGGAAGAGAUGACCCAUUAUUUUGUGGCAACUGAAGGACCUCACAAUUGGGAAACUAGUCAUGGAACAGGAGAAAAUGAAACAGAUGGGACAACAGCUACUUCUAAAGCUGUUUCACGAGAGGAAACUUCACAUUUUAUGAUUAAAGGUGGCGUAGCCCCUGCAUCUGUCAUACUGAAUGGAACUCCCAGUCCUCAAGCAGAGGAAUCUCUUGUAACAUCAACAAUAAAAGUGCCAGGCAGAGUAUUACCUGAAAGCUCUGGAGAAGGAUCUGGCUGGGUUGGUGUUUUGGAUUCAUCUUCUCCUGAUAUGUUUACUCAUCUGUCAAUACCCCCGGUAUCAAAAGUAGAACUAAAUGCUUCAUCUAGUGCUCCUGGGCAUAUUUAUUCCAAAGUUAUGACCACAGAGGCACUGACAGAUGGGUCACAGACUGUGAUCACAGGACUAGCAUCUCUUUUUACUGAAAAAACAGAUAUUGUGUCAAAUCCAUCUUCUGUUCAUCCAAAGGCAGCUACAUCAGAAGAACUAGCAAGUGAUACUGGGAUAUAUGAGAAAAUUAUUCCCAUGGUUGAUGACAAAAGAAGUGUUAUAUUGAACAUUUCUGUUUAUGGUGACAUCACUCUAAUUGAAGAGAGAUUUCAAAUCCCAUCAGAAGACACAACAAUUAUAGACAUGGAUCACUCAAAAUCAAUGCCUGAAGAUAUAAUAAGUGUGCACACAAUGCCAAAUCCUGUUACACAGUCAACCUAUGGCGAUGAUGACGAUAGCAUGACAGCUGAAGGGGAAAAAUAUGAUUCAACGCCCAGAUUUUCCACAACCAAAGAGAAGACACUUGAAUCUGGUGACAGUCUUUCUUUGACUACUUCCAGUCCACCAAGCGGAGAAUCAGUAACAGCUGUUCACAGACCAAAGUCAGAAGACAUGGGUUUGGCUUCAGGGAAUGCCAUGAAUGUUGCAACAGAAACUCUCACGACUACUGAACUCUCUGAACUGGGUAUUUUCCUUCCUACAGUACCAUCUCUGGCAAUCCCUCCGGUGCCCUAUGAGUCGAAACAGAUUGUAACCCCCACCACAGAAGACAGCUAUGAGCCAAAUACUUCAGCAAACAACAGAGUAAUAACAGAUCGAAGUGAAACAAUCUCUAUGUCUGGCUUUUCUGGAAUGGGCCAAGAAGAACUGACUGAUUAUCAGCCUGUGAUUCCUCCUCUUACUCCAGUUUUAGCUACGGAGCCAGAAAAGCCUAUGACUACUGCCGUACUUGAGCUGAGUAUUGUCACCACACAGCAUGCAUCCCAGCUGGUGACUGUAUCACCCAGCAAAAAUGCAAAAAAUCACACCAUGGUAUAUAUAAACACAAAGUCAGCAUCAGCAGAGUAUGAGGAAACAGAUUCUGAGAGUUUUCAUUCUGUCCCUCAAACUCCUACAUCCUCAGUAACUGUUCAUUUAGUUAAUGGAGUGUCUGAGUAUCCUGAGGUAAUUAUUCCAAGUACUUCAUCAUCAUCAACGAAGGAUUCAGAUGAGCCCAAUCGUUCAUCAGAAGGAGUCUUCAAGGAGGUUAGUUCUGAUAUUGCAGCAACUUAUAAACCCCACACUACAGACCUUCUUGACACAACAGAGUCUUCUCUGCUAGAGCUUUCUCCUGAGUCUGUUCCAGAAAGCACAGCUAUGGAAAUUACUCCUCAGUUUGGCAGGCUGGUAACAGGCAGGACAGAGGAGACAGAAACCCCUGUCACUGAUUUGCCUGUUGAGGAAGAAUCUACAGUUUCUGGAGAUUCUCCAUCAACACAUAUCUUACCUACUGCUUUUCUGAAUUUUGGAGAAGGAGUGAGCACAGACAUCCCAAAAGUUAGCACAAUAGAAAUUGAAGCUUUCUCGGGGAGAGUGAAUAAUCCCCAACAAGAAGAAGACAGGAGUGCUAAGAGAGAGAACCCCUGGCUCGUUUCCACACCGGACUCACCGAACAGCAUUGAAAGUGAAGGAUAUAAACGUGACCAGGGAGCAGUUACAAUGCUGACUUCACCUUCCCAGCUUCUGGAAAGAAGCACAGAAACACAAUCAGCUUUGUUUGGUCGAGGGGAGAUCACAACAAUUUCUUCUGACAUUGCAACGCACAGCACUGUCCCUGGCAACCGUCCCUACCAAAAUGAGCAGUCCACAAUGAGCUCUGAGGAGCCAAACACUGUUGAAGUUGUAACCUCAUCGUUUUCCCUUCCUGAAGUCACUAAUGGAUCAGAUUUUGUGAUUGGCACCAGUGUGGGUUCAGUUGAAGGCACAGCAGUACAAAUCCCAGGCCAAGAUCCCUGCAAGAGCAACCCCUGUCUCAACGGUGGCACCUGCUAUCCUCGUGGUUCGUUCUACAUCUGUACCUGUCUGCCAGGUUUCAGUGGAGAGCAGUGUGAAUUAGAUGUUGAUGAGUGCCAGUCCAACCCGUGCAGGAAUGGAGCCACAUGCAUCGAUGGCCUCAAUACCUUCACCUGCCUGUGCCUGCCAAGCUACAUAGGUGCACUCUGUGAGCAAGACACAGAGACCUGUGACUACGGCUGGCACAAGUUCCAGGGGCAGUGCUACAAGUACUUCGCGCACCGGCGCACAUGGGACACAGCAGAACGGGAGUGUCGUCUCCAGGGGGCUCAUCUGACCAGCAUCCUGUCCCAUGAGGAGCAGAUCUUUGUCAAUCGUAUUGGGCAUGACUACCAGUGGAUUGGCCUCAAUGACAAGAUGUUUGAGCGUGAUUUCCGCUGGACUGAUGGUAGCCCACUGCAAUAUGAGAACUGGAGACCAAACCAGCCAGACAGCUUCUUUUCUGCUGGAGAAGACUGUGUUGUCAUAAUCUGGCAUGAGAACGGGCAGUGGAAUGAUGUACCAUGCAAUUAUCACCUGACCUACACCUGCAAGAAAGGAACAGUUGCUUGUGGUCAACCUCCUGUUGUGGAAAAUGCCAAGACCUUUGGGAAGAUGAAGCCUCGCUAUGAGAUCAACUCCCUCAUCAGAUACCACUGCAAAGAUGGUUUUAUCCAGCGCCAUAUCCCAACCAUCCGGUGCCAAGGGAAUGGAAGAUGGGACAUGCCCAAAAUUACUUGCAUGAAUCCAUCCACAUACCAAAGGACUUACUCUAAGAAAUACUACUACAAACACUCCUCAUCGGGGAAGGGAAAAUCACUAAACUCGUCGAAGCACUACCACCGCUGGAUCAGGACGUGGCAGGACUCGAGGCGCUGAGAGCUAAAUGGUGAACGCGGGAUCUCCACCAUUUCAGCCAAAGUCAUAACUUCCUGUGCCUUUUCUAUCACUUAUAGGAGUAUUAUCAAAUUGUUUUGAAAACUACGGACUGCAGUAUUCACAAUGCGUUUUUGCAAAAAAAUAGAAAAAGAUAUGGUGUUUAUCAGAAAAUUUAAGAAAGAAAUAAAUAAUAAAAAAAAAAGAGGAGAAGUGCUUAUGGGGAUAAAAGGAAACCAUUUCCAGCCAGUAAAGAUUAUUAAUUUUCUAUAUGCCAUCGGUGUGGACCAUUUAAUGAUAUGUACCAGCCCUCUGCAAUAUUUAAACAGCUCGAUUUUAGCACCAAUGAAAAUGUAAAUAAGAGGAUUUUAAUGUUGUUUGUGUGUUGUUUUUAAAAUCCUGUAUAUAAAAUGAAAAGUCACACUAAUUUCAGGCAUAUUUAUGGUUAGAAUGGCCUCAGAGGUCUUCAGUCAUUUAUGACGUUGUUUUUAUGUUGUUUACCUAGGCUGGAAAUGGUUGAAAUAAUGACUUCACUGACUGAAAUUUGCUGUUAUCAGGUGAAGAUAAACACACAAGUUACAUGAUUUUUUUUUUUUUUUUUUAAUGGAAACUGUGCCAAUUCCCAUCCAAGGUACAGUUUGUGCCCAUGAGAUGCAAAGUUUAGACAGAGCACAUAAAAGUGACAUGAGGCAUGAACUAGGGACUGCAAUAUGGAACAUUUCUUUCUGCUCUCCAUUCCAGCUUCACCACUCAUGAGAAAGGACUGCAUGGAGGAGUUUUGUAUGAAAGGGAGAGCCUGUAAAAUUCCAAGUGCUAAUACAUUAACUUUAUCAACCAGGGCUACUUUUUUGUUUGUUUGUUUCUGAGAGGAAAAGAAAAAAACUAUGAAAAAAAGAAAGGAAAAAAUUACUUUCAUGACAUUAACCACAAGGUCUAUAUUACAGGUCUCUGCAUUCCAAAAAUGGAGGUAGACCUGGCAUUUGGGGGAUUUUUUUUUUUGUAAAAAACAAACAAAAAUCAAAAAAGUAAAUAAUUUUGUAUAUAUAACCAUUUUUUAAUCUUUUUAUAAAGUAAUGAAUGUUUGUGUAUGAAUGCUGCAGCUGUGAAGCGUACAUAAAUAAAUGAAGUAAGCCAUACUGAUUUAAUUUAUUGGAUGUUAUUUUACCCAUGCAAAGAAGAUUGAAAGAGCUCACCAGUGCAGUAUUAGCCCCUGAGCUCCACUUUUGGAACCAUCUUUCAGUUCAACUUGCUAUUUUCCCCAGAGAGCAAAAUUCCUGCUCAACAAGAGCAAAAUUCCUGCUCAACAGGAUCGUUUGUUUUGUGGUUUAAAAGAGUGAGAACUGUGUGACUUACAGAAGAAUCAGGAUCUUGGCUUUCUAGAGAGAAGUGUGUGCACAGACAGAUGAUUAGGUUGUAGUUGGUGCAGUGUGUAUGUAGGAAUUUUCUGUUAUGGUUUCUUACCCUGGUUAGUUUGACAACUGGCCUUGAUGUGUACAGUGAAGUAGAAGUUAACGUUUGGAAUGAUGUCUCCACAAAAAGGACUGUUAUUCCUGCCAAAUGCCUUGCACACCUUUGGGCACAGGAUUUAAAAAAAAAAAAAAAAAAAAAAAAAAAA